AUGACGGCCGUGCCGGCCGACAAAUGCCAAGGAAGCGGGUGCUCCCCCGUCCCCCUUCUCCCCUCUGUUGCUUCUGCUGCUGCUGUCGACCUCGUUGGAACUGAGGAGGUCGGGGCUGCGUCUGCUCCUAGUGGGAGGCGCCGCAACAGCAAGAGCAAAGGGGGCAGGGGUGGUGGCGGGGGCGGAGGGGGCGGCGGUGGAGGCGGUGGAGGCGGUGGAGGGGGUGGAGGCGGUGGUGGUGGCGGUGGGGGUGGUGACGGGAGUGGGGGCGGCAGUGGAGGAGGUUGA